AUGAAAGUAGCGCUAACUGUUUUAGCGCUCGUGACUACCUUGGAGCUGGUACUAGGAGUACCGGUUUAUGGUCCUCCGCAACCGUUGCCAAUUCCACACAAGUACAGGUCUCCAAAUGGUGCACCCAUCCCCGCCAAGUACCCUCCUCAUCCUAGUGGUCAUUCGGGAAAAAAUGAAUUCUAUACGAAAUUUAAUCCUCAUUCACUACCACCAGGCUUACGUGGGCCCGCACCCCAACCGCCACCACCUUUUGCUAAAUAUCCUCAUCUGCCACCACCCGGCAAACAUCAACAACAGUAUCAACAACAAAACCCACACCAACAUCAACAGCAACAACAACAGCAACAUCAUCAUCAUCAACAACAACAACAGCAACAGCAACAUUUACAACAACCCCAUCAUUCACCUAACAGCGUAAGACCAGUAGGACCACAAUUCCAGUCGAAACCGCACUUGCUGCAGAACGGCGCUCCUCAUCAUUCUUCUCAACAGGGCCAAGUUAAUAGUGGCCCUGAACAGCGGGUACAAUUAGUACCAGCACGGCCUACUCCUAAGAUAACCAACGUCUGGACAGGACCCCAAUUAUCUGGAUCACCCGAUUUUCCACCACGUUUCCCCGAUGCCACCAACUCCCUAGCAUCGGUGACUAAAGCCCCAUUCCUGGAAAAACCCAGUGGAUCUUACAUAAUCAAUAGCGACGACGAGAGGGGUCCUAUCAAGACUAUACCGGCACCGAACCUGAACCCAGCAGACAAACCAGCCAACUUCGAAGAACAAUUGUACAGGGCACAACACCAACAAUCUUACGUUCAACCUUUGGACAAUUCGAUAACGGACGAAAAACCUUCGUACCAGGUAACCGAAGUGCCGAGUGGUUACAAACAAUUUAACAGCCAACCGUCGUACUUCGGCCAGGACCUAGGAAUAACGUCAUCUGUAAAAGUUCCGCCCAGCACAGACUCCAACUCGAUACCAACCGUUCCACUGGACAUCGCUCUGCAACAACACUUGGAAAAUCAACAUCAUCAACAGCUGUCAGCAGAGCAUAUCGGAUCCACUGAUACGUUGACACCACAAGAGCUGUACUCGCUGUUGAACAGUAACCAGGCCGUGGUACCGCAGGCCACAUACAUGGUACCGCAAACCGUCAUGUACGCUGUACCGCAACCACAGUCGUUGGAUCCGCAAGUCGGCCAACAGAUCCAGUACCAGGCGCAGCCAGUCCAACUACAGUACGCACAACAGCCUACAGCCACAGGUGUCCAGUUACAGUAUGCGCAACCGGCCACCGCCGAUCUCCAGUACUUGCAGCCGCAAACUGUCCAAUACCAGCCACAAGCAGUCCAAUAUCAGCCACAAGCCAUCCAAUACCAGGCUCAAUCCGAUCACUUGCAGCAGCCGUAUCAACAACAAUCGGCGGAACAGUACGGCGCGCAGACUGCCGCUGCUGAAAUAUCAGCGCAAAAGCAACAACAGCAACAGGAGCUUAUACUACAGCAACAGGAAGAGCAACAGCAACAACAGGAGCAGUUACAGCAACAGCAACGCGAGCAGCUAAAACAACAGCAACAGGGGGAGCAGCAGCAGCAGCAGCAGUUACAGCAACAACAACAGCAACAGUUACAGCAAGAACAGCAGCAGCAGUUACAGCAACAACAGCAGCUGGACAACGACGUUCAGUACCAGCAGGAACAGGACGACUACGAGCCCAGGAACGGCGACAAGGGAUCAGCGGAACAACCACCUGUAGCAGUGCCGGCGGAGGACGAUGAACCCGAUCAGAGGAAGUUGCAGAGCAUCCGAGACCAGUAUUACUCGGCCGUCCCCAACGAACAGACGGCUAGCGUUCUGGCGCAGAUCGCCCAGUCGGCGGCCAACAACGACGAGCCGAGCCGAGUAGCGGACGCGUCGAAACCCGCGGAAAAGUCGCCGGCCGAGCAGUCGGUGCAGAUGCACACUUCGGUGCAGAUUCAACAGUCGGUGCCACUUUACGAGGGCACGUACGCGUCGUCGAGGCGCACCAACCAGGAGUAUGCGGACGAGGGCGGCGAGACCGACGAGCUGAUGGAAGGCAGCGAAUCGGUGGCCGUCUCCGAGUCGUCGUCGUCGUCGGUCAACGGACACGCUCCCAAUCAGUUCCCGUAUAGCGCGGCCAAGAUAAACGGAUUCGCCGCCAACUAG